AUGGCGCCGGAGAGACGUCUGAUCCCCGGCAAAGGUCGACAGAAUGAAGUCCCCACGAGCCCGACACAGUCGGUUUCUCAAGAUGGAGACGCGGCAUCUGAGAGCGAGGGCAGUAUUUCCCUCAAUAUGUUGUCGGAUGAGGAACGGGAACUUCAGAACGCGAAGACGGAGCUCAUGCGAACAAGUAGUGUUGAUGGAAUCUCGCUAUAUCAACACUUGUCUGAGCUAUUAGGCCGUGUGUUGUCCGAACGUCCAGACCAACUGACGGAGCAGCUAGAACACAUAAGUGGAAGGCUGAAGGUAGAGAGGGUUCAAACCUCACUCAAUCUGAAGAUUGCCACUGACAAGGAAGAGAGAGAUAGUGUUACAGAUGCUCAGUGGGAAUUAUUUAAGCUUCAGGGAGUCGGCAAAGACCUCUCCGGACCGUGUGGCCAACAGAAGUAUCCCAAAGUCAUAGAUGAAGCGGAUGACGAGUCGAAAAGACUGGCUCUACUUCCGGACCUAAUGCGCCAGUGCCACAUGUUCAACAUGGCUGGCUACGGACUUCCGGCCACAGAAUACACGCGCCUCGUUCUGGCAAUGCGUGACCUUGUUUUCCAGUGGCCCCUCAGUUCCAUAAGGUUAGAGAUUACCCUUCGACCAGCAGUUAAAAUGUACAAAGACCAGACUUUUGAAUUUUUCUUUUUGCAGUUUCUUAAACUGUGGUAUUGGUUGCAUGAGCUAGAGAAAUAUUUCACCAACAUUCAAAUUCUCAAAUUAAAAAGAUGUUUCUCUGAACUUGGUUCGGCCCCCAAUGCUGUCGAAGCUCUCGAUGUUAGAAUAAAUGACAUCGUCAGGGGGAAGUUGCAGGAUGCAAUAUUCAUUGGUUAUCUGAAGGACCUGCAGUUGUCAUCGGACGACAACGAGGACUUUGAUGAAGACGAUGUCCCUGUAGUGUACCGUCCUCCGCCCCGCAUACCUAGUGAGGCCCCGGGGGUCGGGACCAACAGCAAGGUCUACUUUGUCUGUAACCAACCCGGUCUUCCCUGGCACCGUCUCCCUCACGUGACGCCAGCUCAGAUCGUUACAGCGAGACAGAUUCGGCCGUUCUUCACGGGAGACCUGGAGCAUCACGCCACUUUCCCCCCUUUCCCCGGAAAUGAGGCCAGGCUUCUCCGCGCACAGAUUGCGCGCAUCUCGUCUGCCACGUCAAUCUCUCCCAUUGGCUACUUGAAGUUUGAGGAAGAAGCGGAGGAGGAGGAGGAGCAUACGGGUAACUUUGUCACUUCGUUCCAGUGUAGCGUAGAGUCUUGGGGUAGAACUACUUGGUUCAAUCCUCUGGACGCGAAAAGAGGGGAUAAUGAGGAGAAUGAAGAUGAGGAGGAGGAGGAUGAGGAGAGGACAGAACCGGACGAACCAGAACCAGAGAUACCUCUACCGCUGCUGGUGCCCAUCUCUGAAGACGUUGUAUUAUUGCUGGUAUCUUUCUUUCGCAAUAGGUUCUUCGAGAACAUCUAUAUCGGAUAUGGCCACAAGCAGCUCCAGGAAGAGUUCGACCCCGCCCUCCCCGAGGAGCCGAUGUUGGAGUUCCCGACAGGCCCCGAGGUCAUGGAGCAGGAAGACCCUACGCCAGGGGAAGAAGCAGCGCUCAGAGCGGCCCUCUCUGAGCAGGACGAUAUUGAAGGAGGAGGAGGGAGGAGGAGGAGAGGGGAUGAUGAUGACGAUGAGGACGAGGAUGACGACGACGAUGAUGAUAUUGAAGAUGAUGAUGUAGAAGCGGAUGAAUAUGAUUAAGGCGUUGAUGAGGGCAUUGGGAUGAUGUAGAAGCGGAUGGAUGGGAUUACAGUGUUGAUGAAGGCAUUGAAUGGCAUGACAUAGAGGCGGAUGAAUAUCAUUAGUGUUACUGAUGAUGAUACUGAAAAGGAUGACGUGGAAGCAGAUGGAUAUGAUUGAAUUAUUGAUGGUGACAUUGAAGGAUGAUGUAGAAACGGGUGGAUUUGAUUAAAUUAUUGAGGAUGAUGCUGAAGUGGAUGAAUUAGAAGCUGAUGAAUAUGGUUACAUUUUGAGGAUUACAUUGAAUAGGAUGACGUAAAGGCAGAUGAAUAAAUAUGAUUCAAUAUAAAAGGAAAUUGGUAUUGUAAAUGAUAGAGGUCCUAACCUCUGAUGCAAAUCUGUGGAGAUACUAAUUCUGUAAACUGGCUUCUUUAACUUUGUAAUCGAAUUUUUUUAGAAAAACAGUAAACUUUAGAAGAAGGACAAGGAGCCAGUAACUUCUUAAAGACGUAAUGAGUACACAAUAAUAUGUCCGAUCAGGUGGCGUCGGUAGUCUAGUGGUUAAGCUACCA